AUGCCACCAACUCUUUAUUUGAUCCGCCAUGGACAAGGCGAGCACAACGUCAAUAACUCAAACCAUCUGCGUGAUCCAUUACUGACCCAAACGGGCAAAGACGAAUGCUGUCAACUUCGAGAAGAAUUUCCCUUCGCCCAAGAUAUCUCCGUCGUCCUUGCAUCUCCUCUCCAGCGAACCAUUCAAACAGCAGCUUGGGUAUUUGCGGCAGAACUGGAGAAGCGUCAGCUACCUUUCAUUCUAGUCCCUGGGGCACAGGAGAUCAGCGGUUUCAACUGCAAUCAUGGCUGGGAUGAGGCGCAUGUCAAAUUACAAGCCCCGAAGCUAAUUGCCGAAGCGGCGCCCAACUUUGAUAGUAGUCGAUUAGAUGUCGCUCUCAUGGAUGAAAUGUGGAACUCCAAGACCGGGGUCUAUGCCCACACGCUUUCUGCUAUCCGCAAGCGCGCUGCUGACUUACGGUCCUGGCUUUGGAGCCGACCGGAGGAACAUGUUGCGUUGGUAACUCAUGGUGGAUUCUUGCACUAUCUCAUGGAGGAUUGGGCAGGCUAUGAUAAACUCCACUGUACUGGCUGGAAGAACUGUGAAUGGCGAAAGUUCGAAUUCACCGAGGACUCAAACGCACGCGAUGCUCAUCUGAGGGAAGUUGGCAGCACACAACUAAAAGAAGAUAGACCGGUUGGUCUUGAUGCUCAUUUGAUUCAAGAGAUCUAG